AUGGUAUCUGCAACUCGAGUUCUCGUCGCCUCCGCUGUUGCGCUGCUCGCCUUCACUCAUCCAGCCACCGCAUCAAAACCCUCACAGCUCCAAUCCUCAUUGAAGAAUGCUCCGUCCGUCACACUUCACGUCACUCUAAAGCGCAAGUCCAUGAAGCUGCACGGUCAGUCCGAGUUUAACGUGUACGCCACACCGGUCGUGUCCUCCAACGGCGCCAGUGUACUAUACGACAGCUACGCCACGUUCCUGGACGAGGACGAGGAGAUCACCUACACCCUCGUAGACGGCACCGCCUACCUGUCGACCAAAGUCGGUGAUGACGAAGAAACAGUCCGCUGCCUCCCGCCCAACACUCUCCCGUUCGACAAGAUUCUACCAGCGCUCAACGACGCCACCCCCAUUCCUAGUGCCUCCAUCGGCAAGGAAGCUGUCGAGUGUGCGAGCGGGAAACUGUUCAAGACGACGUUCUCCGGCGCCCACUACGCUAUCUGUUCGUCGGGUGAGUCUGGCUUCACUGCGGUCAGCAGCGACUUGGUCAUCAACGUCACGUAUCUCGACGGUCCGAUCACUGUCCCCCAGCCGGAGUUGACGGACGGAACGACUUCGUGUGAGCCCGUGGAGAAAGCCACGUCCAUGACGCCCACUGCAUUGGCGUUGGCUACUGGGGGAGAGCUUCCGUCUACUACGUCCAGGAAGCUGAAGGAGGCGGGGCACAUGGCCAUGAACUCGACCGAGUGCGGCGAGUGCUUGUCGACGCCUCGCCCGUGCAUCUUCCUUCACGGACUGGGCAACCCGAACCAGGAGCCGACACUGCAGGACACGCCCAAGCUAACCAAGAGGAAGUUUGGAGACAUUCACGGCCACGCGCCGUGCUGCUCCGAGAUCAAGUACGCGGUGCUGAACACCAACGACGCCGGCUGGAGGAACGAUACGUUGCAGCAGAAGUUCUGCGAUUUCUCGCUCGAAAUGAGCGCGACGAGCGACGUGGAGGCUGGGAUCAUCGACAACACUAUCGUUGUGACCCACUCCAUGGGUGGGCUGGUCAUGGCCGGAGCUCUUGCUAAGGGCAAGUGUAAGUUUAGUCCGACGACGUCGUGGGUGGCUCUGAGCGCCCCCAUGACUGGAAGUAUGGCUUCGGAUUACCUUAUGGACAUCUGCAAUGACGAAGGAGGGGACAACGUCGCUACCGGUUUGUUCGAGAUUUUGGGCCAGUGCCCCAUGCCAAAGUCCCGCAAGUCGACGAUCUACCAGGGUGAGAAGUACAGUACUCCAUCGAUUGAUGCAGCCUACGUCGCAGCCCAGGUAGCGUACCGUGGUAAUGUAUCGGCGGCCAUGUGCAGUAACAGCUUCUUGGGUCUCUUCUCGAGCUACCAGGCCGGAUGCAUCCUCGCAGGGACGAUUGUUCCGCACAAGUCCAAGAAGAACGACGGUCUGGUGGAGUUUCAGAGCUGCCUGGCUGGGCUUGACGAGUCCCUGUUCGGAACGCACUACUACGACCGGUUCUACAAGCCGCAGCUGAACCACGCAGACACGGCGUUCCUCAAUGGCGACGGUCUGCUUAAGGAUUCGCAGAAGCCCAUCAAGUGGUUCGAGUGUCUAGCGCUAUAG